ACAACAGCAGCAGCGGCGACAGGAAGCACCAGGAGAGGCGGCGGCGGCGGCGGCGGCGGCGGCGGCGAUGAUGAUGAUGUGAAGCGCGAGGCGAUGGGGACGGAGCAGCGGCGGCGGCGGAAGAGGAGGACGCGCGCGCAGAUGCGGCUGCAGGCGGGGGGGCCCUGCCCGGCUCUCCCCGCUGUCCGGCCCCCUCGGGAUGCGCGGGCGGCCGGGGCUGCGGCGGGCGCCUCCAGCUGAGGAGGAGCCGCAGCAGCAACAGCAGCAGCGCCCCGGACUGGCCGCGCCGUCCAGCGGCGGCGACGCGAUGCUGCCCUGGAAGAGGCACAAGUUCGAGUUGCUGGCUGCGGACGAGGAGAAGCACCGCCCGCGACGGCGCCAGCAGCAGCAGCAGCCGCCGGGCCCGUUGGCGGCCGCGUCGCCCAGCGCCGGGUCCUCUUGGGCCUCCUCCGCCUCCUCCUCCUGGCCGGGGAAGGCCAAGGGGGGCUGCUGCCAGGCGGGCGCUGGGAGCCUGCCCUGCUCGGCGGCGCUGGGCUCGCUGGCCCGCGCUUGCCCGGCCGAGGGCGCCCUCAGCAGGAUGGGCAACCUGUUCCGCUCCAAGCGCCAGAAGUUCCGCGUGAGCAGCGAGGCGCCCACCUACACGGUGCUCUACCUGGGCAACGCCACCACGCUGCAGGCCAAGGGCGACGGCUGCACCGACGUGGCGGUGGGCAAGAUCUGGGCCAAGAGCGAGGCCGGGCGCCACGGCACCAAGAUGAAGCUGACCAUCGGGCCGCAGGGCAUCCGCAUGGCGCCCGCGGCUGAGGCCGCCGGCCGGCCGGGCCACCUCUACCUGCUGCACCGCGUCACCUACUGCGUGGCCGACCCGCGCCUGCCGCGCCUCUUCGCCUGGAUCUACCGGCACGAGGUGAAGCACAAGGCGGUGCUGCUCCGCUGCCACGCCGUGCUGGUCUCUAAGGCCGAGAAGGCCCGCGCCAUGGCGCUGCUCCUCUACCAGACCUCGGCGGCGGCGCUGGCCGAGUUCCGCCGCCUGAAGAAGCGCGCCGACGCCCGGCACCAGCAGCUGCAGCAGGUGGGCCAGGCCGGCGGGGCCGACGGCGCCAUCCCGCUGGUGCCGCUGCGCAAGCUGCUCCUGCACGGCGGGCCCGGCUGCUGCUACAAGCCGCCCGUCGAGCGCAGCCGCAGCGCCCCCAAGCUGGGCUCCAUCACCGAGGACUCGCUGGGCGAGGAGCUGGAGGAGCGCGCCGCCGGCCGCGGGGGCGGCUGCUGCGCCAACGGCGGCGGCGGCCCCGGAGACGACGAGGAGGACGAGGACGAGGACGAGGAGCUGCUGGCCCCGCUGGGCGACGAGCUGGAGGGGGAGGGCGCCGGGCGGGCGGCGGCGGCGGCACCCAGCCUGGGGCAGCUCAUCAGCGACCUGGGCGAGCUGGCCAUCGGCAACGACGUGGAGCUGCUGCGGGCCGACCUGCGCGUCACCCGCCUGCUCUCCGGCGAGAGCACCGGCAGCGAGUCCUCCAUCGAGAGCAACGGCCAGGACGGCGGCUCCCCGCCACCCGCACUGCAGCCUUGCCAGGGCCCCGACAGCCCGGAGCCGGACAGCGGCUGACCGCCGGCCGGCCGCCCUGCCUGUCGGAGCCGCUGCCCGCCCGAGCCCAGCCAGCCACCGCCACCGGCUGGGACUAGACAGCCUCAGGUCGACCCCCUCCCUCCUCCCUCCCACGCAGUCCUGGCUUCUUGCUGCACUCUCCAGGCGGAGGAGGGGAGGGCCAGAGUGAAGGGAGGGGGCCCCCAGGUGGACAGCUGAGUGAGCCCCCCACACACACACACACAGAGACACACACUCCGGUGCUGAGCCUGAGAGCUGGAGGACAGCUCAACAACCCCCAGAGGAGCCAUGUGCAAUCUUUUCUAAUGUUCCCUGCGGGCCUCUAGUGGGGGUUUUCCUCCCCCCCCCCCACAAACGCUGCUGGAAACCGCUCCCCGCCUUUCCGCCUGUUUUUUCCUCCGCACGCCACACACGCACCCCCAGCGCCAGGAUGCCUCUCUGGAAUGUUUUGAUCGGGGGGGGGGGCGGGCUGCCCUCCCGCCCAGAGCCCUGAAGAUCUGCCAAAUGUCCUUCCUGACCCUCUGGGGUGGGGGGAGGGUUGCGUUUUUGUUUACAGUUCCGGGACUGGGGUCCCUGCAGGGAGGGGGAGAGGGAAGCCCAGCCCCCCACCCCACCCCACCCCCAGGGCCUCCUUGUCCUUUCUUAAGCCACCUUCUCUCCGGGGAGCGGGGGGGGGGCUCCUCUCAUCCCAAGCUGUCUGCGUCAGAGAUGUUUGCACUGUGCUGAAGACUCGGGAGACCUUCUUUCCUUCCUUCCUUUGUUGGUCUGUUUUUAAAUUAUGAAGCCGGUUCCUCUCCAAGAGUCCUCCUCCUCUUCCUCCUCCUCCUCCUCCUCCAGUCUCAGUGUUUCUAUAGAUCUUUUGCUGUGCAAAAGGCGACUGUGAAUGUGGAUGUUCCCUUCAGUGUCCAGGGAGGAGGAAAGGCAAUACAUUUUGUUGUUUUUUGGAGGCCGCCCAGCAGAGACCAGCAGAGUCUUUCCUUCCUCCCCUUGGCUGGUUCGGAGGAGCUAAUAAAGAGGAAGGAAGCCGACCAGCA